CCGCUCUCUUUGCUGGCGUUCUCUCUGGCAUUCUUUCUAUUUGGCCACCAGUUUCCUUUGAACUCUCGUUCUAGGCGAGUGGUCUCGGCUUUGCUCAGCAGCUGUCGAAACGGACACACCCAUAUGAAAAAGGUAAUGGAAUUGGGGCUUGGCAUUGGCCUCAUACAUAUAGUUUUAACACUUGUCGCUAUGGGAAGUGCAUGGAAAAACGGCACGCUUUCGAUUGUAGCGUAUUCGCUCUAUUUAUUUCUCAAUGUGUUUCUCUGUGCGCGCCUGACGAAGGGUGAUCUUUAUGUCAUCUUAUUGUGGUUCACUUUUACGAGUAUUUUGUUGUUCUACAGGAUAUUUUGCAUUGACAAAUACCAAUAUUGGCCAUUCUAUAUACUUACCAACUAUUUUAUGGGCGCAUCUCUCAUUAUGAUGGCAGUAGUUUACUUUGUACUUGGAAGUAAGAAAUUUAAUGAAAACGCCAAGCCAGUUCUGCAAACGGUUAUCUCCGACCCGACAACAAAUCGAACAGAAACGAGCACCAAGCCGGCUACAUCACUUACACCUACGGUCAGCAGACCACCUGGCUGGAGAGAAAAUCUAUACUAUGCUGAACCGAUGGAAAACCGAGCAAGGCACGAAUACCCGCGCUUGGGUUGGCUACCUGAUCUCUACCCAGACUCGAAUGGGUCAUUUGAUAGGUUUAUGCCCAGCGCACCUGAGCUAAGCACCGCUGAUUCAGGUGAUAAUCAGUGCAAUCCUUUCGAUUUCAACUGUGGCGAUAACAAUGAUACGGAAACCAGCUGCGAUAAGCAUAAAUGCUGCGAUAAGGAUUAUAGUUGCGAUAAUGCUGCCGAUUUAGGUGGCGGCUGUGACGAUGGCGGCGGCGCAGAUUGUGGAUGCGGGGACAACGAUGGUGGAGGGGGCAACGAUGAUUAAAGUAAAAUGUGGAACUCGACUUAUACUCUAAUGUUACCUCAAAUUACGAAGUGUUGACUUAAUAUAAAUAAUCAAGCAUUUCAA